CUCUUUGUGUGUAUGUAUGUGCACGCGCUCAUGGGAGAGAGCGGGUUUCCGCAUCUGCGUUUUUGAUGAGCAAAGCCCUGCGCGUUCAUGAAAGAUUUGCGCACUCGCGUUUGAAAUACCAGCUUGAGCCGGUAAAGAGCUGCCAAAACAGGCAGGAAAUGGCUUAAUUUAUUGAAGACAAAUGAUGCGGCUGGCUCAGACAGGGCGAGAAUAUACCAAAGAAUAGUACUAGUGUUACUACUGUUCGAUCACUUUGUUUUUUUUUAACAGGAGAAGUAUGUGGAUGAGAUAUUAGAAUAACUAGAUAAUGUUACUGGAUUCAUCGUAGCAAAUAUCUGUAUAUCAGUUAGAAAAUCUGUCGUUAUUACAGCAGAGGGUUGCUUUUCCUCCCUCACGAGUCAACGCUGCCGGUGGCCUGCUGUAGCUAUGGAGUCCAGUUCCCGGUGUUGUUUGGGUCCAAAUGUCUACUCAGAGGUUCCUGAUGGUGGCUGGGGCUGGGCUGUGGCCUUGGCCUUCUUCGUGGUGGAAGUAUGCUCCUAUGGGACCAUCAAGACCCUGGGCAUUUUCUUACAGGAUUUGAUGGAAGAAUAUGGAGAGAGCAACAGUCGAGUGUCCUGGGUCAUUUCCAUCUGUGUUUUCACCUUUACUUUCACUGCACCCCUGUCCACGAUGCUGAGCAACCGCUUUGGCUAUCGUCCUGUAGCGAUGAUCGGAGGCUUCCUCAUUAUCCUGGGAAACAUCACCUCUGCCUUCACCAACUCUAUUAAUGAGAUGUAUAUCACCAUUGGGAUUGUCUCAGGCCUCGGGUACUGCCUCACCUUCGUCCCCACCGUCACCAUCCUAGCCCAGUACUUCUCCAGAAGGCGAGCCCUCGUGACCUCUGUUGCUUCCUCCGGAGAAUCCUUUGCCAUAUGUGCAUUUGCUCCAGCUUUCACUACACUGAAAGAACACAUUGGAUGGCGCUACUGUCUAGUUGUCAUUGGCACCCUUCAGGUUUCUGUGAUUAUCUGUGGGCUUCUCCUUCGUCCAAUCAUCAUUGAGCCGGAACCUGUAAAAGAUGAUGAUGAAUUGAGCAAUGACCCACUCUCUCUGAAGAAACUGCAGACUGUUUACGAGCUGGAGAAUGAACAAACAAAAACCUCCAUCAGUUCACGUGUCUCCCAAGGUUCGGAGGACUCAGGUGUCGCCUCCCUCUCUGCCUCAAAUGUAGACCUGAGAACUGCAGGAGCAGUAAGACAGGCUGUGAUGGAGUGGGAGGUGCAAGACAGAGAGAACCAAGAGGCAUUACUGUCCACAUCUUCCACCCCAAUCAAGGAAAAGCUAGAGAUAGAGGCAGGUCCUCUUCAGCCCUCUAGCACCAAACUCCUGGACUUUUCAGUGCUUAAAGAUGGUGCCUUCAUUUGGUAUUCCCUCUUUGGCCUGUUUGCAACACUAGGCUUCUUUGCCCCACAGCUCUACAUCAUUGAACUGAGCAAGAGCCGGGGUGUGCAGCCCGGUUUGGCCUCGUACAUGCUCUCUGUGAUGGCUGUGGCCGAAAUCUUCGGCCGCUUGUCCAUCGGGGUGGUGUUGAACAAAGUUCGCUUCAGGAAGACUCUGGUGUUGCUUGGGUGUGUGGUUCUGCUGUGCAUGGUUCUGGUGGCCUUCACUAUUGUGUGGGAGUUCUGGGGCCUAGUUAUCUGCUGUGCCUUUUAUGGCUACUUCAUGGGCGCCGUGGGUUCCACUCACAUCCCCAUGCUGGCUGAGGAUGAUGUGGUGGGCAUUCAGAAGAUGGCAUCCUCUGUGGGAGUGUAUCUCUUUAUCCAGAGCUUUGCUGGGCUUGCAGGACCCCCACUAGCAGGUGUGUUGGUGGAUGUCACACACAACUAUGGUGCUGCCUUCUACUCCUGUGCAGCAGGCAUGGGAUUAAGUGCCAUCUGCCUAGCUCUUGUUGGUUGGUCCAAGUCUGGAAUGUGCCAAAGACAGAGCAGAAACAAAGAGAGCAAGAGCACAGAGGAAGAAGAGAAGUGGGCUCAGGACAGUGACCAACUGGACUUUAUGGACAUGGACUUGCCCCUGGAGGACAGUCCAAUUAGAAAGGCCGUGGAUCAGGACAGUGCCUCUGUAAAUUCAGUAACAUCCAGAUGCACUGUGAGAAGCUGCAGUGUCGCUAACACUUAUCAACAGUCUUCAGAUCUGCUGCUGGUUCCAAAUCUCAGGUGUCACUCUCUCACUCUCCAACAAGCUUGAAGUUCAUUCCUUCCCACAGAGGAAGAAGUCUCUCCUCUGAGACCAAAGACACAACCAUGCUGAGCACAUGGUGCCACAUCUUAGCUAUCUAGCAACGUUACACAGAUAUCUGUUCCAGCUAUUUAUGGUAAAACCUUACCGUAAAAAUUGUUCACAAUCCUCUAAGUAUUAUUAGUUUGUGUUUCAUUUGAGUGGGAGUGCCUAUCUCAGGAAAAGAAGCAUUGCUGUUAAGGACCAUAAUAUUUAGAAACAGUGCUUGAAGGAGGGGAGGAUGCUGGUACUCCCCUUACUCACAUGGUCCUCCGUGGGGUUAUUCAGUCUUUUAUUUUGACAAAAACAAACAACAACAAAAAACUAAUAGGCCUAUAGCUUUAAUUUAAAUGUAUA